UCAGUAACACACAAUGUUGGCACAGGACAGGUAUGAUUGCCACCCAGAUGGGCCCUGGGGAUCCCAUGUACCAAAAUACCCGGUUCAUAAGCUGGCAGGUGUGAAGCAAACCCUGUACCACCCUCUACUGCCCACCCUGCGGAGGAUGGAAAUGGACACAAUGAGGCAUAAGCUGAGCGAUGAACAUUCAAGAACAACUACUCCGUGCAGCCAGGAAAAUUUCCGCCGAUCUACGCUCACAUUCCAACCAAGUCCUGAAUACCGUCUUCCUGCUCUGGGUGCCGCUGACACUGGUAACCAAAUCCCCCAAUCAAAGGUAAUGAGCACUGUGGCCCCCACGCUGCCUGGCAUGACUCAGAAGGAAUGGCUGCACCUUACCAGCGCAGCUGAUGACUGGUCAAAAACCGUCUCGUCCUGUAGGGAGUUUCAGCUGCGGGAUGUAAAGAAUGCGGUUUUAGGGUAUAGCGGGUAUGCAGUGCAAUUCCUUUCACCCGAUGUCACCUCUUCUUGGAGGUACUGGCUGCACCACAAUCCAUCCCUUGACAGAUGUGGCCAGAAGCCGGUACCAGUGGAAACUCUAAACACCUUUCGCACCUUUGGGAAAUCAUACAGGCAGCUGUAGCAGCGUUCUUCGUCCAUGGCAGUGACCCGUGGGCCUGGCAGCGUGCCCGUCUUAGGUACUUCCUUCUUCUGGCAAGAGAAUGUACUUCACCUUGUAUACGCAUCUUUAAGAUAUUAAGGAUAUUAUAAAUGUUUGCCUCAUAUGUCGCUAGUCUCUCAUUACAACCUGAAACUGGUCGCUGGUAAAAGACAAUAAACUAAGGGACAAGGUGCUCGUAA